AUGGCGUUGCUCGUGCCACUGAAGAAGCAGCUCAUGAAGGUUAAACUUGGAGAGCUGCCAAGCUGGAUACUGAUGCGGAAUUCCACCCCCAAUAGCACCGUGGGAGCUUUUCAGAGAGGUUACGGCUGGUAUUACAACAAGCACAUCAAUGCAUGGAAAGGCCGCAUCUCUGGAAUUAACAUGGUACUGGCAGCCUAUGUGGUUUUCAGCUGCUGCAUUUCUUACCAGGAACUCAAACAUGAGCGGCAAUGCUAGUUCCACUGAAGAAGGGUCACUAUGGCCGGCUCUGCACAGCUGAGCACAACCGCCUGCCCCAUGACCAUCCGUGAAGAAUUCAACUGGGGCUGAAUCUUCAAAUCCUGACUAAGAACAAGUGGCUAACAAAAGGUGACUGACCGGUGUCUGUAUGUGUGUGUGCAUGUUCCUGCGCACCC